AUGACAGUCGAUGACAGUCAUCAGAGGACUGCGCUGGGGGUGGUUAUCGCUUUUCCGGUGCUAGGGGGCGUUGCGAUUAUCCUGCGGUACUGGAGUCGCUUUCUGUCGCGAACUUCUUUUGCGGGUGAUGAUCUAUUCAUCACCGCUGGAUACGUUCUCGCCGUAGUGCAGUCAGUCACCUCCUGGUUCUACAUCAAAACCAACUACGUUGGUAUCCACAGCUGGGAUAUCCCUGCAGACCGAGACGUCAAGAAAGGAUUGAUUUGGAACUUUGUCAACCAGCUCGUCUACAACCCCUGUCUCACCCUGAUCAAAAUCUCCAUCCUCCUCUUCCUCCGUCGGCUGGACUCCAAGUCGCGCGUUGUCAACGGCCUCAUCUGGGCAACUCUCGGCAUCACCAUCGGUCUGUUCCUCGCCGUCCUCUUCGUCGAUAUCUUCCAGUGCAGCCCAAUCGCAUAUGUGUAUGACACCUCCAUCGAGGGAGGCACCUGCAUCGACCAGGGAGCCUUCUAUGUUACUACCGCAGCGCUCAACCUCUUCACCGACGUGCUCGUCCUCUCCGUUCCUAUCAUCAUCACCUGGUCACUGCAGAUGCCUGUACGGCGCAAGAUCGCCGUCUGCAUCAUCCUCUGCUUUGGUGGCGUGGCGACCGCCAUCGGCAUUUGGCGCAUCAUUAUCCUCGCCCAAGCCUUCUUUCCCACGCACGUCAACACCGACCCAACCUGGGACAUCGGCUUCUGCAGCUCCGCGAUCGAAGUCAAUGUCGCCGUCAUGGCCGCAUGCGCCCCAUCCACCAAAGCCAUUCUCGGCAAAUACCUCCCCCGCCUUCUAGGCACCUCCAAGGGCGCCUCGUCCAAGUACGGAGCCACAAACAGCUGGAGCCGUCGGUUCCAGUCAGGAGUAGGCUACUCUCGGACCAAGUCCGCCCGCGGCGCGGACGACGGGUUCGAGCUGGCGGAUCCGUACCAGGUCAAGAUGGACGUCAUCUCGGCGGACCGCGAGAUGCGCAAUUAUACCAGACACGGCGAGAGUCCCAGUCUUAGCAGCGACGAGGGAGUAGCGGGGAUUGUGCAGACGAUUGACGUGUCGGUGCGGUAUAACACACGGGAAGAAGAGAACUCGGUAUCGCACUCGCGCGAGGGCAAGGAUAUCAAAAUGGCCAAGGAGUAUCAGUUGCCAUUCAAGCUUGAAGAUCCCAGUCUUCUACAUUUCGACUCCUUUGUCGGAGACAAAUGGGUUCAGGCCCAAAGUGGGAAACGAUUCGAAGUCGUGGACCCCGGCACUGACACACCCUGGGCCAGCUGUCCCGCCAAUGGCGUGGAAGACGUGAAUCCCGCCGUCGAGGCCGCCCACAAGGCGUUCGAAACCUACAAGAAGACCAACCCCCGGCAGCGCGCCCAAUGGCUCAUGAAAUGGGACGCUCUCAUCCGGGUCGCGCGGUCCGACCUCGCCCAGAUCCUCACCCACGAGACGGGGAAGCCCCUCGCCGAAUCGUACGGGGAGAUCGACUACGCCACGGGCUUCACCUGGUGGUUCGCCGGUGAGGCGGAGCGCAUCCACGGCACGGUCAGCGUACCCUCGGCGCCCAACCGUCGUGUCUUCACGGUCAAGCAGCCCAUCGGCGUGGCCGCCGCUUUGGUCCCCUGGAACUUCCCCAUCGCCAUGGUCCUGCGCAAAGCAGGCGCCGCCUUCGCCGCCGGCUGCACGAUGAUCGUCAAACCUAGCCCGGAGACUCCCAUCACGGCGCUCGUGCUGGCGCACCUAGCGCAACGCGCGGGUUUUCCGGCAGGCGUGUUCAAUGUGCUGACCACCGACUUGGAAAACACGCCGCCGCUCAGCGAGGCGCUCUGCAAGCACCCGCUCGUCAAGAAGGUGACCUUUACGGGAUCCACGCGUGUCGGCAAGCUGAUCGCUGCGCACUGCGCCGAGGGGUUGAAGAAGGUGACUCUCGAGCUGGGCGGGAACUGCCCCUUCAUCGUGUUCGACGAUGCGAACCUCGACCAGGCGCUGGACCAGCUGAUGGCGCUGAAAUGGCGGCAUGCGGGUCAGGCGUGCAUCACAGCCAACCGUGUGUACGUACAGGCGGGGAUCUACGACAAAUUCGCACAGAUGCUCAAGGAACGCACGGAGAAGUUGGUCGUCGGCCACGGCGCGCACGAGAGCACCACCAUGGGCCCCGUCACGACGCCGCGGGGCGUGGAUAAGGCGCUGGCGCAGGUCGAGGAUGCGCGCCGAUUGGGGGCAGACGUGAUCCUCGGCGGCAGACCGGUCCCCGGGCAGAAAGGGUACUUCUUCCAGCCGACCAUCCUGACGGGGAUGAGGGAGGAGAUGCUCGUGUCGCGCGAGGAGACGUUUGCGCCCGUUGCGGCGCUGUACCGGUUUGAGACGGAGGAGGAGGCGGUGCGCAUGGCCAACCAGACGAGCAUGGGACUGGCCAGCUACGCGUUCACCAAGAAUAUCGACCGUAUGUGGCGGAUGUUGGAGAAUCUCGAGGCGGGCAUGAUUGGCAUGAACACGGGUAAUGCGUCGGCGGCGGAGUCGCCGUUUGGUGGCAUCAAGGAGUCGGGAUAUGGCAAGGAGAGUGGGAAAGAGGUGGCUGUCAACGAGUAUCUUAUCACGAAGACGGGAACUCUGACAAUUGAGGGGCAGUACUAG